CAUAAUGGCAGAUAAUUUGAAAUUUGUGCAAAAUGUUUUAGAAUUCUUAGAUCGGACAGUACAAGUUGUGAAAGCGUCGUUUGGUCCAAAUGGAUUAGACUGUUUAGUUUCAACAACGUCUGGAAAAAUGUUAAUGACAAAUGACGGACAUGCGAUCAUCAAAUCUUUAUCUUUUGGAAAUGUUUUUGGGAAACUGUGCUACAAUGGCAUGGUAAAAUCGGGAAAUUUCAGCAAAAAGUUCAUGUUAUUGCUCAAAGAAAUGCUUUCUGAAGUUGCGAGUAUAGAAGCUGUAAAAGAUGUUGCUUCAAUUAAACAAACACUCACUAUUUCUCAUGGCAUGAAGUAUUUGGCUUUGUCUGUAUUGCCUGGAGUUUUCAAUGACUUGAAAGAUUCAGGAGUUAUAGCUCACUGUUUUGAAGAUGGAAGUAAUAUUAAUUGGUUCAUGAAGGCUAUCCUACGCACAACUAUUGAUGGAAAAUUUAAUCCGAAUAUAUGUACAAUCCUUGUUGACAUUUUAAGUCAAUUAUUAUUUGAAGAAAAUGCUUUACAAAGCUUCAAACUUAUACAAGUCAGAAUAUCAGAUGUUCUUGAUAACUUUAAUGAAGCUGUGUGGGAGGUUCCUGGGAAGCCAUUCACUUGUUCUACAAUUUUACAAGGAGUGCUUUUACCAAGACAAUUUCUUACUAUGGUAAAAAUUUUACCAAAACCAAAAGAUGAGAAGUUUUUUAAGUUUGUUAUAUAUGAAUGUGCCAUAGAUUAUGAGGAUACCUUAGGAAAUACGAUAUUUUCAGUGCAAGAAAGAAAUCAAAUUGAGAAAAUUCUUCUUUGGAAACAAGAAUUUGUGCUCAAUAUAAUUCGAGUGUUUGUUUCACAUAACAUACAACUAGUAUUAACUUCGAAAAAGUUAGGAGAAACAUUUGUCAAUGCUUGCAAUCAGAAUUCAAUUGCUGCCAUUCACUUGAUUCCUGAGGAGGACAUUGCCAAAAUUUCCCAAGUAUUUAAUCUGAGCCCAAUAUUUGACAUGAAUGAUUUACCAAUGCAUAUUGCUAUGGCUACUUCAUGUAAAUCAAUGCAAGUUGGACUGCAUACCUAUGUGCAAUUGAUGUCUGAGGAGAUUCACACCAAGCAAAUUAUUCUUUUUGCACCUAAUGAGUCAUUUUGUCAUCAGUACUCAAUGGCAUUAAAAAGCAUGCUAAGAAGCCUCCAAAGCUGUAUAAAACAAACAUCCUCGGGAUGUCAGUGCUUUAUGUCUUAUGUUCCAGGAGGUGGAGCAUUUGAACUCGCAUUUUCUCACGUCCUUGAACAGUACAGGAAAAAAUAUUCAAGCAAUACAAGUUUGAAUUUGGCCAUUGAAAUACUAGAGAAAUCACUACUCGCCAUUCCAAGAGAACUUAUCAGAAAUUCUUCUUGUAAACUCAACAUGUUUCAUUUGAAAGCUCAAACAAGACAAUGUCUAAUAAAAGGUCAUCCAUUGUUAGGCAUCGAUAGAAGUGGAAAUUUCAUUCCAAUUGUUAAGAAAGGAGUUUUGGAGCCGACAAUGGCGAAUUAUGAUUUAAUUUAUUCUGUUUUGCAGCUUUUCAUUCAAAUCAUUCAAACAGAUAAGGUUCUUUUUGUCAAGAAAUUGCCAAGUAAAAAAGAAACUGAAGAUAAUAGUUCUGAUGAUGAAGAUGAUAAAUAAAAGCAACAGAUAUUGCCAUUUUA